UACAAACCGAAAGCCAUUCUACCUGAACACUAUGCCAAAGAAAUGCGCCCGCCCACGCACAAAGGACUGCCACUCGAGGUGGAUUUUAGUAUGACCGUCGUCGACAUCAACUCGAUCAAUGUCGAAGAUAUGGAUUUUAGGAUGGAUAUGUUUUUGCGUCAACAAUGGACCGAUUCGCGUCUGCAUAUCCCCGAAGAGAUUUUCGAAUAUGGCGACGAUCAAGUAACACUCCCAACGCAAUUCUUCGAAAACCUUUGGCAACCCGACCUGUACUUCCUCAAUUCUAAAGUUGUCGAAAUAGCGACGCUAACGCAUAAAUUCUCAUCGGUCACGCUCUUCCGCAACAAAACCGUGCGCUACUCGGCGCGCAUGCAUGCGAUCGUCGCGUGCCAAAUGGAAUUCCAACACUAUCCCAUGGACAUACAAAUAUGCCCUUUGAGCAUUGAAAGUUUUGCUUAUGACAAUACGAAAAUGAGUCUCAAGUGGACGCAAGGGGUGGGUGUUAACGUCAGCCCGGAAUUGAAACUACUGCAGUAUCACAUCGCACAACCGCUCGAGUUGGAAGAACGCGAUGUGUUUACCAACGAAAAAAACGGCAAUUUUUCGCGUUUGGUUGUCUACUUCCAGUUCGAGCGUCAGAUCGGCCAUCAUUUGAUUCAAACUUUUGCACCAUCAACCCUGGUAGUUGUGGUUUCAUGGUUUAGCUUUUGGUUGAGUUUAGAUGCGGUGCCUGGUAGAGUUACGCUGUUGGUAACUUGUUUGCUCACCUUGGUGACGAUGUUCACUGGGUUGCGGUCGGAUAUUCCGCCGGUUGCCUAUGUGAAAGCGAUCGAUCUGUGGAUGGCGGGUUGCAUGGUGUUUGUUUUCAGCGCAUUGAGUGAAUUUGUCAUUGUUAAGGUACUCGAUGAGCGCUACAAAGCCGCGAAAAAAGCGCUGCUUGAUGAAUCGAGCGUGACACCAUGGAACAAAAACGUGCAACAGUAUAAAAAACCUAGGAAACCUUUAUUGCCUUUGUACUGGAAAACCAAACGAGGUGAAGAAAAAGCGCUCUGGUGUGAAAUCGACGAAUUAUCUCGCUAUGUCUUCCCUGCUCUAUUUCUAAUAUUCAUGUUGUUUUAUUGGCCGCUGCUCAUUAUUGGCAAAUCAAAUCCGAUUAUAACAUUUUAGUUUAA